AGAGACAGCAAUUAAAGUUUCUGGUAACAUCAACUCGAAAACUCAGGAUCAUGGGAGAAUGCUCUCGUGGUGACAAUUAAUGGAGCCAUUUUCACAAGGAGCUUCCUAUUCCAUCAUAUUAUGAAGCUAGUCAAAUCAGUAGAGUUUAGGGGUGGCCUUACUUCAAGUCAAACACCCCAAGAAGAUUGUAAGUGCAGCUGACCCAGUGCAGGAAAAUUAUGCAAACGCAUCCGCAUAAACUGCAGAGCCUCAAAAGCCCAACAACAAAAAACCACAAUAUCAGGUUGCUCAAGAAGUUCCUUCAAAGAACUAGAUCAAUGAACCAACUAGUGAAAAAAAUUGAUGGGGUUGCAAACGGUUCUGCAACUGAGGCUAAGAUUCAUGUUACACCAAAGACUUCAGAGGAUUGGAAGAGUGAUCGUGGCUUGGCUGAAGCAGAAAAUAACACUAGCACAAGUGACCAAAAGCGUGAAAAUGAGGGCCGCUUGGUCCAGAAUGCUGCCAAGAUGCACCAGGAAGAAGAAACUGCUGCUGUUAGUGGUAGUGAUAAAUUUAAACUAGCAUAUCAUAAGCAGGUUCUUGGAGGUUUGGUUGAAGAGAUGAAGAAACCAAGAAAAACAACAAACUUGGUCACGGCUGCUGGUUUGUUAAUCCUGGUGCUUGGGAUGCAUGUUCACAACACCAUCAGGUUUAAUGGAGAAUCUGAGAACUGGAGGAUCCAAGAAUAAAAACUGUACUGUAAACCUUUGAAUAAGUGGUACAUAAACUCUAAACAUGUUUGCAAAUGUACAAUGAUGAAUAAAGGGCUCAAAAUC